UAAAAAAGCACGUUGGUCUAAGGAACAUGAAAUAACAAAGAAAGCACUAAAUCUGAUGAUAUGGCUUAAUUGUAAUGAUGAGUUCUUUAAUAUUAUAGAGGAAUUUAUUUCAACUAAAAUACAUGAAUUACAACUUUUAGAAGAAAAUAAAAGUGCAUUGGAGCAGACCGCAAAUUUUCAAAAAAAUGUUCAUAGUCCCAAUAGUACAAAUGCAAAUAAUAGUCAAAGGAAUCAAAACAAAUAUGCUAACUGUGGAAGUUAUGGGCAUAAUGUUUGA